GAAGGUUUUAUGUUUGUGAAAGUUUAUCGUACUUUUGAACUAGUUUUUGGGUAAAAUGUUGUGUUAUUAACUUGUUGCUAUUUUGGACCGUGACAAUUGAUUUUGUAUGAGAUUGUUGUAUUUUAAUUCGUUUGGUGUGAGACGUGACGUUUAAUGUAGUAGCCUAUUAGAGUCCUGUAUCGGUCAGAAACGGUCGUCGCGAUAAGUGAGACUGGUGGUCUAUGCUCAGAACUUUGAGUAAUAUACUCUUUUGUAAAAGACAGUGCAUAAAAGUGUUUGUGACGUAUGAGAAUUUUAGGGGAAAAUGGGGAAGAAGAAGAAGAAUAGUGGAAAGAAAGGGGGGAAUCGCUUCUUCAGGUGGAUAAGAAGCGAUCUACCGGACGAGGAAGACAAGAAAUCACCAGUCCUUCUCCUAGGAGUCAACAAGAUCUCUGACUCCCCAUCCUUCGUAAGAAGACGGUCCGUAGAGCCCCACACUUCAGGAUCCAUAAGGUUCUUUAGACCCCUGAAGUCUAAGUACACAAGGGGUCUCCAUGGAGACGAACGGUUGGAGAAAAUCAGGCAGGAUCUCCUAGUCCACAAAAGCAAGCCUGAUACUUACAUUCCUAAUGAUCACGAGGUUUCCUUGGAACCAGAAGAAAGAUGCAUGAGAUUGAGCUGUGUAGGUAGCUGUAUUUGUGACAGGAAGAAAAGCUCUACUAGAGGCUCGUUUUCUUUCCAAAGACCAGAGCCUGGUACGCAAAAUUACGAGGAACCCAAAGACUUUUCUGAAAACGAUAUCGAGUUUAAGUAUACAGAACAUAUACCUCAUUGUCAGCCGUCUAGUAGCAAGCAAAGCUACAAUGUCACGCCAAAAUCGACGGAACGAAGGCAUUUUCUUCUAGCCAACCUCAAUGAGAGAUUCCGUAAGACUCUAAGCUUAGACUCAAGAAAGGUUGAAACUAACCGCGUGGCUGUGAAUCUGGCUAAAGAAACAAGACCGAAAUCUUUAGUUAAUACGAGUAACAUUUGCGUGCAAUCGUACAAAGCAAAUGAACCUUUUGUAGCACCAAAUUUUAGCAAAGCCUCCCAACCAAAGAAGAAACGCAAAUCGUUCUUUUCACUCGAUACGUUCUUUGAUUCAAAAAAGUCUGACACAUCAUCUAUCGACGACUACUGUUCGUCAAAAUAUAAACGUUUUGAACUCGAAAGCGAUGACUCACCUCUUUUUAAAAGAGAUAACGGAGAAAAAACUCCAGAUUUACUCAAUUUGCCUGUUAUAAUAGAUUCAGUAAGAAAAAAGCAAUCAGACACGAGAAGGCAGCUAGAAAAGUUAGAAAACCAUUACUAUAAGAAUAUUCAUAAGACACAGACAGUCAUUGACGCGGUCCCUAAAGACGCUACUAACAUUCAAGGUCCAAGUGGGCAUACAAAUCAUUUGUACUUCGAUGAAGACGUGGAAUAUAUUGAGCCAGUUCAGAGCACUUUUACAAGUCAAAGCACACUUAUUUUAGACAAAAACGGAGUUGAGGAACUAAAACCUGACUCCAUAUUGACUAUUAAUACUGAUGAAACGGACAUACGGUUGCCAAGUUCGACUGUGUCUCCUAAAUCGAAUGUAGAAGACUUUGAUAGUAUAGGACCUUACGAAAUUGAAGUUAAAGAGUCUGAUUUAGUUAAAGUAGCGAAGGAUUUGACAGUCAAAGUAAUGGAUAAGUCCGUGGAUUCUAUAGGUAGCUGUUCCCUGGAUGUCGACGCUAGUACAGAUUUCUCAGAUACCACAUCAGGAAGUCUGAACCUUCUGACACCCUCUUCGACAACCAGUCGGAUCCGAGACUUCACAUCCCGUCUACAGGAACGGGCAGGGUCCAACCUUCAGCCUAACUACCUGGCCAGCCCCACGCCCGUCGCUACCCCCGUCCGAACCCCAGAAGACACCACACCGACCCCCAGGAAGUCGGAAAAUCUCCUCAAACCACCCCCCAAGGUCUAUGUCGACACCUCCAGCCACAGAUCUAGAGGACACCAUAAAAAACGGGACGAGUUACCCCAUAAAAAGCCCAGCUAUCUAAACCUAGCCUGCUCUGUCAACGGAUACACGAAUCUUACUACAUAUGAUUCGAAAUUAAGGCAGGAUAUAAACAAAAGUCGAGAGGCUUCCCCAAUAAGGCCUAUUACACACACUUAUCAGUAUAGAAGUGAAAAUAACUCGCUACUUGUCCCAGUUCCGGUCAGUGCAAAUAAACUGCUGGUGCCAACAUUCGGGCCCCAUGAUACGCGCGCUGAUUUGACACAAAAAGCGCCUACUAAGGCGCACACAGACCCUUACUUAGCCACGUCACCUUUUAAUGUCUACAUGGCGGCCGAAAAUAAGCAGUUAAAGAACGACUUUUUAGGCAAUAUGACGACUAGCAGCCGUCCUUACAUAUCGAGCGAAAGUAAGAAUUUCGCCACAUCAAUGCUUCAUAAAACUGAUGAAGUGGAUAAUUCUAAGGAGAUCACCUUCAAAUCCAGUUAUUCGGAGACGAAUUUUAGGAAGACUGUCACUUCUAACGGCAAAGAGACCAGAUUCAGCUCUGAGUCUUACACCAUUUCUUCUAAUGGGGUCUCGAAGAGAGUAGAAAUCACGAAGGAGAAUGGGGAACAGUUAACAAGUCCUAUGAAGAGUUUUAUUCAGCAACGGGUUGAGAGGCUUUACGGGCCUGGCGCUUUAGCUCAAGGGUUCUUCAACCAGAAGCGCCAUAAACUCAAAAGCACCAGCGAGGAUGACGACCCUAAGGUUUUGACGGAAAAGUCUUUAAACACACCUGAAAGGGUCCCCAGAAAGCUUGAGAAGAGUCCUGAGGAGAUUGAAAAGGAUCUGUGCACCAGUCCUAAUGGGGAGAUGGAUUCCAGCGUUUCCCUACCAGUUCUAAGGCAUCUAAGGCCUGAAUUCCGCGCUCAACUGCCAAUAAUUUCGCCAAAGAAGUGUGUGAAAAGUGAUCUAUCUCCGCAGAAGAUUGAAGACAUUCCUAAGUUGGAAAAGACUGAGAAAGAACAGGAUAAAAGUGCAGUGUCGGUUACAAAUGGUAUUUCUGUGAUAAAACUCGAUAGUGAUGUCGGUGAUGAAUCGGUGAUUAGUGUUAAUGGUGAUACGAAUGGUGUGGAAGUGGUGAAGGAUGCUCAUUACUUCUUGAGCUUGGAGAAGAAGGAGACAGAGAGGCUGCUGGCUCUCGCUGCUACUGCUGAGAAGGAGUUGGAAGAUUUACAGGAUCGCGAGGAUGUGAGCGAGGAAGUUCUGGGCUUCCUUCGCGCCGCGUCCGGCAAGGCGAGGCUUCUCGCUACACAGAAGAUGCAGCAGUUUGAAGGCCUCUGCUACAACAAUAUAAACGAGCGACAAGAUGAGCCGUUCCCCACUACAGUUGAAGACUUACAAGGGUUCUGGGACAUGGUGUGUCUGCAGGUGGCUAAUGUCGACGCUAUAUACCAGCAUAUAGCUGAACUCAAAGCUAAUAAUUGGCAGGAGAUAGCAAUAACAGUAAAGCCCCAGCCGUCUACUCCAGUAACGUCUCCCCCGCGCCGCGCCCGCGCCGCGCCCGUCGUCAAGAACGAGAAGGCACGACUAGCGGCUGAGAAACGAGAAGCAGAUAGAAAAGCUAUGUUGGAGCAUAGGAGACGCGUGGCCCGCGAGCGUCAGCUGGCGGCGCGGGCGGCGGCGCCGGGCACCAGCCACGACCUGCACAAGGACAUGGGCAUCGAGGGCAGCCAGGAGGUAGAAAUCUUCGUAGGCAAGACAGCGAAACCAUCGAAAGUGGCUCCCAAAGGCGACUGCAUCAGUUCCGAGCGGUCCGAGGACUCUAUGGUCGAAGAGAGCUGAUCACAUCACCCUUAGAUACAUACGCACACUGCAAACUUUUAGUCGCCCCAUAGUGAGUUCAUUAUCACAUCUCCCGAGCUUUCCAACUAAGUUGGGGUCAGCUUCCAGUCUAACCGGAUGCAGCUGACCUCCUCGACCCAGUUACCCAGGCAACCCAUUGAUAAGACUGGUUGUCAGACUUACUGGCUUCUGACUACCCGUAACAAAUCUCAAUAAGUUUGAUGAUUACGUUUGCUCGAGUUGGUAGUUUUAGACUUUAUAGUCCAGGUUUCCUCAAGAUUCAAUUAAUCAGUCAUUGGUGUCCAAAAUAUAGUUAGAAAGUACAUAGAAAAGUUGCAUUGGUACUUGCCUGACCUGGAAUCGAACCCACACUCAUACUUGAGAGGUUGGUUCUUUACCCACUAGGCCACCACGACUUGAUAGUUUGUUCGGGCUCAUUAAAUCAGUAUGAAGAUGAAUGAAUGAAGGUAGUACGCACAUUACAAAGAUCAGGUAUUUAGACCGACUGAAAAUUUUAUUGGAUUCACGCUUUUCUUAAAAAAAAAUCAUUGACCAAGUAUCGGCCGACUGUUUAGUUUGCAGUGUGCGAAAACGCUUAGAUUUACUAUAAACACUGAUAAAAAUUGUCUACUAAACUUUGUCAGUAAUGGCCCAAGUUUAUCGACAGCAAAAAAGUCUGUUGUUCUUAAAAUUAUUAACUUUGAACGUGAAAAUUCAUAAUAAAUAGUUGUUUUGAGAAAGUGACGAGCUUAUGAUGUCGGAGAAUCUUAGGUCCUUGGGAAGAUUGCACCAUUUAACUAUGACGAUAACCAAACCAUAACCAGCCGUAUACUUGCCGCCCAUUGGUCACAUCGGCGAUUUGACAACAGAAAAUGGUUCGGUUAUCGUUAUAGUUAAAUGGUGCAACUAACUCUUUUUGCAAAAAAAAGUUGAAAAAUCGCAAAGUUUUUUAUUAAAAUGUGUUAUAUGUCUGUUUAUUUUUUGUUGUCGUUGUAAUAACAUCGUUCUAUGCUUUAUCAUUAGAGUUACCGUUGUUAAAACAACUUUGAAAUUAUAUUUUUUGCGGUUCAUUCGUUUAAAGAUCUACGGUGCCACAGACAUACAGAGCCUUUUUCCCAACUAUGUUGGGGUCGGCUUGCAGUCGUCAGUAACCGGAUGUAGCUGAGUACCAGUGCUUUACAAGGAGCGACUGCCCUAUCUGAUCCCCUCAACCCAGUUACCCGGGCAACCCGAUACCCCUAGACUGGUGUCAGACAGACAGACACAUGUCAAUCAAGCUUAUAACUUAAAAUCGUACAGCCUUGCUUUUAAACGUGAAUUAAAUAUAAGUAAUACUUAAGGGCUGUUUAAGAAAAUUCUUACUUAUAAACGUUGCUUAAGCAUGUCUUCACUAACAUUUAAUCACUACUUAAGACUUUAAGUAGUGAUUAGUUAAAAUGUUGCUUAGAAGGUGAUUAGAGAUUUUAUAAGUAAGAGGGUACAUGUUUAAAAACAUAGUUUAGUAGACAAUUUUUACAACAGAAAAAGUCCUAUGAAAACAUGAAGUUUUUUGUAUGAAAAUGUAUGUAAUUAAAUAAAAAAAAUAUGAAAUUAUGAUACUCAACUUUUGUAGGAAUAUGGAAUCGUAUUAACAUUUUUUGUUUAUUCACAGUAAAUUAUUGUUUUAAUUCAUUUUUUUUUUACAUUCACAUUUAUAUUUUGUAGUUUACAAUUUUAAUUGAUUUUAUUUGUUGCAACGAUUAUGGAUUUUUUAUACUUUAACUAUGAUUUUUUAGUUCUCAUCGAAGAUGUAGUAAUGGUUGAUUUUAAUAUAUUUUGUAAACUUGACGGUUAAAAUUGUAAAUUAUAAAAUGAAAUCAUUAAAAAAUAUAUAUUCAUUCAUUACUAAUGAUUUUUGUUAUGAGAUCGAUUAGCGCAGAAAAGCUAAAAAAAUAUCAUUAGUUUUAUUUUUUUCGUUAAUUCGCCCUCAUAUUAUUCCGACUUUACCCUUGUAAGUAGCUUCUGUAAAAAUUACGUAAGUUUUAAGAAUUUCGAAGAAAUUAAGCAAGUGACUUAGAAAGGGAUUUUACAAUGUAAAUUUAUCGUAAGUUAAUUACAUAAGCUAUUUACAAGUGUAAAGUCGGCAUUAUGAAACACAAAAAAAAAAAUAUAAAAAUACGAUUUUGCACAUUCCUCUUAAAAUUAAUAAUUAUUUAUUUUUAAUCAUGUUUGUACAACAUAUUUUCGCAUUUUCGCUAAUUAUUGUAAAUAAUGUAAACGCCUAAAAUUUUAAUGUACUGUUGAACAGGUAUUUAUGCCUCUUUUGUGAAGGGAAAGUAUCAAGAUUUUAUAGAAAUAUAAGUUAAAAAUUACAAUACAAUUACAAUAGAUAAUUAUUUUUUUUUCUUUCUGAAGUAUCUAGAUUGAUUUAGCCAUUUUCCAGUGAAUAUUUCAAUCAAAUUCGCAUUUAUAAAUAAUAUUAGUUAAAAUAUAUUUCUUGAAAAAGCAACAUAUUUAGUUACCACUUUCAAAAAAUAUCCAUAUUAUGAAAUAGUUUUUUUUUUCUUCUAUAAAACUUGAUACUUUUCCCAAUAUAACAAAAUAUUUUACCGAAUUAUGAAAAGAAUAAUAUAGAAACUUUACUAAGCUA